UGAAGGCUUUGACACGAAACCUUGAAAGUUGAAUUGUGUGCAACUCAGUUUCUCAUUCUCUGAAAUAUUGAAUUAAUUUCUUGGGGUUUGCAAUUUCCGUCUCAAUGUCCACCAAUCCUCACAAAGGUGCCUCCUUCUAUGGUGAUGCUGUUCAUUAUCGAUCCAGUGAGGGACUUAGCACCCGACCCGUUGCAUCGUCGGAUGAGAUCCAAUUGAGUAUCGACCCAGGCAUCGACUUCGACGAUGAAAUCACCGGUCUUCGUGGCCAAGUUAGAAGAUUGAGAAAUGUUGCUGAAGAUAUUGGUACAGAGGUCAAGUAUCAGAGGGAUUUUCUGGAACAAGUGCAAAUGACAAUGUUAAAAGCUCAAGCUGGAGUGAAGAAUAAUUUGAGAAGAUUGAACAAGAGCAUCGUCCGAAAUGGUGCCAACCAUGUUGUUCACGUGAUUGUUUUUGCAUUACUUUGUUUCUUUAUAGUAUACCUCUGGUCAAAGGUGUCCAGAAAAUGAUGGCUCGUACCUGAAAGAUUGUACUCAGGGCCUUCCUGGGAUUACUCACCAGUCACUCUUAUGCCUAAUCAUCUUGUACAUAAAAGCUACAUUACCUGUUCCAGUUUACUGAUAAAAAUUCUUCGAUUUCCGAAUUAUGUUUCUUGGUCGAAGCAGUAAAGCUAAUUUGUUUGCUUA